AUGAUAUCAAAUUCACUUUCCUCGUUGUUUGGUUCGAGGUUAAAGUUGAAUUCGACAGCAACAUCUUUAUACUUGACAUCAAGACAAGCAUUCAACAACUACGGUGUCAAUAGCUAUUCAUUUGGAAGCAUCAAUUGCAAUGCCAACAAGAAUCUUAACAGCAACAACAACAACAAAUGUUUAUGUCAAAGAUGUAUAAAUAUAAAUAGCAGCAAUAAUAUAUAUAAUAGAUGUUUUUCAACAAAGAAUAACAACAACAAUAAAAAUAAUAAUAAUAGUAAUGUAGAUAAAAAUAAAAAAGUAUAUGAUUUUGAAAGUCUGGAAAAUGAUCCAUACGAUGAUGUAGAAUCAGAUAUUAAAGUUGAUCCAGAGGUUGUCGAUCGUAUUCGUGUCAAUCGAUCGUCGCUGAUCAGACCGAUGCCUCUCGACCCAAAGGAGCGUGACGCCUCCAACAUCGAGGAGCUUCGCGCACAGAAUCGUCUGAACUUCCCACACGAAUAUCGUGAGCAGUUCGAUCGUGAGCUCUUCCCAAAGGUUCGCGACCCAACACGUGAACAGCUCGACGAGUACGAUGUGCGUGGCGCCAUUCCGCUCGCCGAGCACGACGAGAUUCUCAACCAUCCACGUCUCGACGACGAUUGGGCCGCCGAGGAGAUCGACGACGACGAAGACAUCGAGGACGAAGUGCAGCUCGACGACGAGGACAACUACGCCCAGUUCGACUCGGAUCGUUUCGAACCGUUUUUGCCGGCGCGUCCAAUGGCACGUGUCGAAAACACCUACAACGGCGUCGCGCAUGGUUACUCGAAGCGUAAGGAUGCCAAAGCGGUGGCACUCAUCCAACUGGGUACAGGUGAACUCACCAUCAACGGACGUACACUCGCCGACUACUUUGGCAACUGCAUCGCCUAUAAGGAUACAGUGUUGCGACCACUCGUAAUCACUGAGACACUGGUCAAGUGGGACAUUGAAAUCCGUGUGAUCGGUGGUGGUAUCAAGGGACAGGCCGACGCCAUCUGUCGUGCACUCGCACUCGCCAUCUCCAACUACGAUCUCGGAUAUCGUAUGGCACUCAGAUUCUCUGGAUUGCUUAAAAGCGAUAUUCGUCGUGUCGAAAGAAAGAAACCAGGUCAACUCAAAGCCAGAAAGAAGUUCCCAUUGGUCAAACGUUAA